AUAUGAGACUCCAGCGAUGGGAGUGAAGCUCAACAUCCGUAAGUGAGACCGUGAGCUGAAGACUGCCACUUUUUGGGAUGCAUCAUAUCCCCAAGGACUGCAGUAAUAGUAAUGGAGAAGAAAACAGAUGAAAAUAUAAUGGAAUAGAAACAGCACCUCCUUUCCUGGCGGCGAGGACUUGGCUGCCGAGGCCACCUCUUGCUGCAACAUUUUUCUCCUGAGGCUCACCUUGCACUUCCAUGUAGUUCCUAGCCCUAAGAGUCACUAAUGAGAGUGAACAAUGCGCAGACCAGCUCUGUCAUCUGAGCAAAUGCCCUAAUGCUUCCACAGACAUUUAAUUAAGCAGGAUUCCUGUCAUGCUUUUGGUGCUGGUUUUGGUACCAUCCCAGUGCCCAGAUGAACCUCAGGACAGGCUGCACCUGUACUAAGAAUGGUUUGGAAGAAAUAAUCUUGAGGAAAGGAGGUUGGUGUUUUCAUCUUCCAAGGAAUGAGGGAAGACAAUCACAGGGAUAUUCAUCCAGAGCUCCUGGUACAUAACAGUUUGGUAUGCUUUUAAGAAGAGUAUUGACGAUGAGGAAGUCCCUACGUUAGUCAUUUUUUGCUAAUUCCACCGAAGAAAAUGAAGCCACACUUCAGCUUUGCCGAUCCUUUUCCCACCACUGUUGGCUGAAUGAGAAAUGGUUGUGUGAUUAUGCUGACACCCCAGCAUGCAUUUGGUAGACCUGUGGCUAACUCGUUCCCUCUCCAUGUGUCUGCUCUUACAAAGUUUUGUCCUCAUGAUACUGUGCUUUCAUUCUGCCAGUAUGUGCCCAAAAGGCUGCCUCUGUUCUCACUCCGGAGGUUUAAAUGUCAGCUGUAGCAAUGCAAACCUCAAGGAAAUACCCAGAGAUCUUCCUCCAGAAACGGUCUUACUUUAUUUGGACUCCAAUCAGAUAACGUCUAUCCCCAAUGAGAUUUUUAAGGACUUGCACCAACUGAGAGUCCUCAAUUUAUCAAAAAACGGGAUUGAAUUUAUAGAUGAACAUGCCUUUAAAGGGGUGGCAGAAACCUUGCAGACUCUGGAUUUGUCUGACAACCGGAUUCAAAGCGUGCACAAAAACGCUUUCAACAACUUAAAGGCCAGAGCCAGAAUUGCCAACAACCCUUGGCACUGUGACUGCACGCUGCAGCAGGUGUUGAGGAGCAUGGCCUCCAACCACGAGACAGCCAACAACGUCAUCUGCAAGACCUCUGUGCUGGAUGAACAUGCUGGGAGACCUUUCCUCAAUGCUGCCAAUGAUGCCGACCUCUGCAACCUUCCCAAAAAGACUACCGAUUACGCCAUGCUGGUCACCAUGUUUGGCUGGUUCACCAUGGUGAUCUCGUACGUGGUUUAUUACGUCCGUCAAAAUCAGGAGGAUGCAAGGAGGCACCUUGAGUACUUGAAAUCCCUGCCAAGCAGGCAAAAGAAACCAGAUGAAGCCGAUGACAUUAGCACUGUGGUAUAGUAUUCUGAAUACAAUGACUGCCUUUGCGAUGGAAACUAGAUUUGGAUGACACUGAAAUCAGAGGUUUACUUCUAACAUUCAUUGUAAACAUUAAGACUUUUUUUUUUUUUUCUUCUCCUGUUUAACUGAAUUACGCCACUGUUGAGCUUUCUAACAGAGUUUUGGCUGGGUGGUAUACUUUAAUUAUUUCUCUGGUAUCCUAAAGCAAGUGAAUUAAUAUGUAAACCUUAGUUUAGACCCAUUCCACUAUUUAAUAACGAAAUUUAUUUUUUUAAUUUAAAAACCAAAUAAAAGCUUAACUUUG